AUGACGGGGCAUUCGCCGUGUGCAGCUGAGGCACCUACCGGCUCUCCUCUUGGGCCUGCAUGCGCGAGGAAAACGAGAAUACCUCUUGGAGGCGCCCCGCCCGCUCCGCGGAAAAUCUGCAGCUCUUCGCGGCGCGCGGAAGAGUCGAGAGACUUGUGGGACUGCUGCCUCUGGAAGCCGUCGGCAUGGUCGCGCGGCGACACCACGCAGGAGGAGAGCGCCCUCCGAAAUGUAGACGCUUUGCUGCAUGCGCUGGAGGAAGACUACCUUCGAACGGUUCGCCUUGGGGGGGUCUGCUCCAGCGACCGAGCAGCAGGGACGGCAGCUGCGGGCGACGCCCUGGCCAGUGACGCCGAAUCAGCCACGCACAGAAUUCUCCGCGGUGGCGGGGCUGACGUCCUCGAUUUAGACUCCGCCCUCUCGUUUAGGCGCCGCGGAAGUCCGGCAGGGAUGCGGGGCGAGUGCGAUCUUCUGCGUGAACGGGCCGCUUUUGGGGUCCGCGCCAGGACUCGAAACGGGGGCUCGCCAGGUCGCGGCCUAGAGUCACGCCACCGCGACAGAUCUCAUCUGCGUGAGACAGCCUUUGAAAGACCCGCUUUCACUCUUUGUGAGCUUGAGUCGUCCCAGGAGUGCUCUCAAGCCCUCCUGAGGCACCCAACUUUCUCCGAGACGGGGGCAGCGGCCGCUGAGGCCCCGUUCGGGCUCGAGAGUCCAGGCGGUCGCCGAGCGGAGAGCGACCGCGACGGCGGCUUCGAAAUAGGCGUUUAUCAGACGCUGCCGUCCUCUGCGUCGGGCUCCGAGGCGCCGUCGUCGCCGCGGUCCGACUUGGGGGACGCGGAGACGCCGUGGCUUUCGCCUGCCGUUCUUCCGGGGCCUGUGCCUCAGGCUCUCGCGGCGCCCCUGGGGGGCUCCCUGCCCACUCUGGGCCUCGCUCCCGCGCGCCGCACUCGGCGCGUGCGGACCUUUCCGGUCGACUCCAUGCGCACGGGGCAGGCGCGGGAUCGCUCUCUCGGGGCAAGGGAUGGGCUCCCCCUCUCAUCGGAGGCCAGCGCCAGCUGCAGCCCCGCCCAGCUUCACGUUUCACAGGCGGGCGCUACUGCCGCUUCGUGCUUCUGUGCCUCGCCGGGGCCCAUGCGGCCGCAGAGCGCCCCAGGUGCGCUCUCGUGGAGCCGGACGCACACGGAGACUCCUGCGCAUGGGAUGGGGGGGGGGCCGCCGGAGGGCGACGGUCUGUUCGCCCCGAUUGAAGGCCUUCAGCGAGGCGCGUGGGAUUACGAUACUGUAACAGAGGCUUCUCCGGCCUCGGUCGGCGCGGCGUCUUUCGUGGGGGAUGGAACCGGGGUCUUGCCGCCACUCGAGACGAGCCACGGAGCUAUCUGUUGGGAAGCGGGGCUCGCGCCGUGCCCCGUGGACUGCAGCGACGAACAAGGCGGCAGCCUAGACGCGAGUGAGGGCUCAUGGACGAGUUCCAGCUGGGAUGCAGGUGACUCUCUGAAGGAAGAAGUUGCGGAUGACUUGUCAUCCGGGUCCGCUCAGCCGGGCGUGCGCAUGGAGGGGCGGAGGCCGCGUUUGCGCGGCGGCCUCGGGUCUCGGCGGAAAUCGAAGGGAGAGACUCUGCGCCUGCAGUCGCCUCGCGGCAAGCCACUUUUUGGCGCGACGCGUUGGGGUCCGCGAAGCUCCCCAGACUUUCCGCCGCGCGGUGGCGGGCGUCCCGCAUGGGGCCCUGGUGUCCCCACGGCUUUCCAGACCCGCGGGCCCCUUCCGCCGGAGCAGGCAGGCCAUCAAACACACGUGGAUUCAUCUGCUACCAUAUGGAUCGCCGGGCGGACUGCAGCAGUUCAAGGAGUUCGAGACGAAGAGGCACGCGACAGAGCGCCAGCUGUGCCCAGCGGGGCGGCGACCGCGAGCGACGGUGAGCCCCGGCCGCCCAUUCAAACAGAACACGAGGAGAACUGUGCGAGUUCGGAGACCUCCGGCAGCAAGGCGCGUGCGUGGACAAUUCGUAUCCGUCCGCGGAUGAGCGACGCCGGCGAAUGUCCGGCGGCGCGAGAGCGGAGUCGAGAUCCAAAAGACGCGGGCUCCGCGGGCAGGCCUGAGGUCCCGGCGGAGGGGCCCCGCGACCCGAGUGAUUCUACAUUCCGCGCUGAGAGCCUCCAGACGGACGCAUGCACAGAGCAGACGGAGGAGAGCAAGGAACGCGACCUGGAAAUCAUUCGAAAAACGAUGGAACGCUUGACUUUGUGGCCUUCGUGGAUGAAAGAGGAUCUGGGACGGUCGCCUCCGAAGUGA